GCUCUGGUCACUUGGGGGCGGCCAUGGCGGCAGCUCCGGGUGGGGAGAGCGAGAGCGGCCGGGGGGGCGGCGGGGCCACGUCGGAUCAAAUCCUGCAGACGGGAGCGGUUCUGUUGCAGGGGUUCAUCCGGGACCGGGUCCAGCGCUGUGGGGACUCCCAGGCUGUGGAGCUGAGCCGGGCAGAGCUGGGGGGGCCGGAGCCCCCCCUCUGCGAUGAGAACACCAAGCGGCUCAGCGAGUGCCUGCGGCGGAUCGGGGACGAGCUCGAUAGCAACGCCGAGCUGCAGAGUAUGAUUGACCGAGUGGGGGCCCACGCCCCCAAGGAAGUCUUCUUCCGCGUGGCCGCCGAGAUGUUCUCCGACGGGACCUUCAACUGGGGCCGGGUCGUGGCGCUUUUCUACUUCGCCUGCAAACUGGUGCUCAAGGCUCUGUGCACCAAGGUCCCCGAGCUGGUACGGACCAUCGUGGGCUGGACGUUGGAGUACCUCCGGGAUCAUGUGCUGGCCUGGAUCCAGGCCCAGGGAGGAUGGGACGGCCUCCUCUCCUACUUCGGCACACCUACCUGGCAGACCAUCACCAUCUUCGCCGCCGGCGUGCUCACCGCCUCCCUCACCAUCUGGAAGAUGUCAUAGGGCGGGGUUGGGGUGUGCUCCGCGGCACCCCACAUCUGGUCGGACUGCGCUGGGCUCCCUGGGGGCUGGCUCCCCUCGUCCAGCCUCGCUCCCUCCCCAAUUCUCGGUGCCUUGUGCUCAACUCGGAACAAACCUCUCGGGACCCCGCGCUGCGCCUCCCGGAUGGGGACCGACGUUGAGGGACACGGCCGCUCCGUGGGGCGGGACGCCCGCCUGCAUCUGGGCAGAGACUUGAGAGGCCUUGAGCCCCACCCAGGGCUGGUCAGCGUUUAACUUCCUGAUGGGCUGGCUGCCCGCGGGGAAUCCUGAGCCGAGGUCGUGGGGGCCAGGGCCGGUUCUGGGGGCCAAACUCGGGCCAAGGUCAUAGGGGGCCAGAGCUAGUUCCAGCACUGGGGGCCAAACUUGGACCAAGGUCGCAGGGGCCAGAAGCGGUUUGGGGGGCUGAACUCGGGCCGAGGUCGCAGGGGGCCAGAGCCAGUUCCAGCACCGGAGGCCGAACUCGGGCCAAGGUCGCAGGGGCCAGAGCCAGGUCCAGGGGCUGAACUCGGGCUGAGGUCAGGGGGGCCAGAGCCGGGUCUGGGGGGGUGAACUCGGGCCAAAGUUGUGGGGGCCAGAGCCGGGUCUGGGGGGGGGUGAACUCGAGCCGAGGUCGGGGGGGCGAGAGCCGGUUCUGGCACCGGGGGCUGAACUCGGGCCGAGGUCAUGAGGGCCGGAAACAGUUCCAGGGGCCGAACUCAGGCCGAGGUUGGGGUGAUCCGGAGCCGGUUCCGGCACUGGGGGCCGAGGUUGGGGUGUUCCGGAGCCGGUUCCGGCACUGGGGGCCGAGGUCGGGGGGAUCUGGAGCCGGUUCCGGCACUGGGGGCCGAGGUCGGGGGGAUCUGGAGCCGGUUCCGGCACCGGGGGCCGAGGUCGGGGGGAUCCGGAGUCGGUUCCUGCACCGGGGGCUGAACUCGGGCCGGCAUCUGGGGCUGAUUCCCCCGCCGAGAUCCAUUCUGUGGGGAGCUGAGUGGGGCGGGCUCAGGCCUGGCUGCCUGUGACCUGUCAGAUUCACUUUCCUUCCCUGAAGCACCCAUCAGGGGGCCCCCCCCUCUUCCGAGUUCCCCCUCUGCUGCCAGCGCCCCAGGUGGGUGGGUGCAGCCCCCUGCUGAUCAUCUGCUCAGCUCCCCCCAGCACCUCCCUGGGGAUUUCCAGGGCCCCCCCCCUGAGGUGCCUGUGUCCAGGGUACCCCAGUGCCAGGUGCCUCUGUCCUCCCCCCCCUCCCAGUGCUGUGCACAGCGCCUCCCCCGAGCAUAAAAUCCAGUGGCCCCCUCCAUCCAGCAUGGCCUUAGGGCCCCCCUCAAAGCCCUGCUGGGGGGCUGUUUUGGGGGAUGCCCCCGUAGCAGGGAAAUCCUUGUACAGAGCACUCACAACAGUACUGUAGUGGGGGAGGGGACUGGCCCCCAUCUUCCCCCCUCCCCUACCGUUACCUACCCCCCGGCUUCUAGUGGGAGGCGGAGGCGGGAGGGACAGGUCCCCCCACCCCCAACGCUUUUGUACUGUAAUUAACUUAAUACUGUUUGUAAAGCGAUGUGUGUUCUCAGGAAUGGGGGCUGACCCCCUUCCCUAGCAGCCGUGGCCCCCCCUUCACCCCGCUGUAAACUCUGGGUAGGGGUGACAGUGGGCGGCUCCCAGAUUUACCCCGAAUGUCCCUCUGCAGCUACCAGUUGGGGCCAGGGGUUGCCAGGAACUUGGGGGGGGGGUGCUGCUCCCAGCUGUGAUGGGGGAGCAGAGCAACGAUUCCUGGGUUAGCACCCCCUCUCCCCCAAAAGGCUGGUUUGGGGUUGGGAGGAUGAGAGGGGAGCAGCUGGUGAGAUCUCCCCCCCGCCCCCCACUGGGGGCUCUUAGCACAUCUGGAGCUCCCCCCUGGCACCCACCCACAGGCUGGGAUCUCCGCUGCAACCGGCCCUUUGAACCUGGGGGGCAGAUGCCCCAGAGCCAGGAGCAUCCCUGGGGGGCUUGGGGCAGAUGCAUGUGCUGAUGAACUGUGGGUGGGGAGUGGGACUUGAAAUGAGU